UAGAGAGUUAUGUUUGAAACAACUAGUUGCCAGACACCAUAGAACAGGAGUGCACUGAGUCUGUGCACACAUCAGUAAAUUAAAACAAUAUUUAAAGGUCCUAACCUUUAUUUCAAGAGUUACCAACAUUAUUGCAAAUGGCGUUUAAUGAUCUGACAUCCAGAGCUGUAAGGCAAUAUGAUGAGUGGCUUAAGGAUGCUGAUCCUAGGACUGAGAACUGGCUGCUUAUGUCCUCUCCUCUUCCUCAAACACUUAUCAUUGGCACCUACAUUUACUUUGUAACUUCAUUGGGGCCAAAACUUAUGGAAAAUCGAAAACCAUUUGAUCUUCGCCGAGUCAUGAUUUUCUACAAUUUCAGCAUAGUUCUCUUCUCAAUCUAUAUGUCCUAUGAAUUUCUCAUGUCAGGCUGGGCAACAGGGUAUUCCUAUCGCUGUGACAUUGUGGAUUAUUCAAGGUCACCACAGGGUCUCAGGAUGGCAUGGACAUGUUGGCUGUAUUAUUUUUCAAAGUUUAUUGAGUUGCUAGACACGGUAUUUUUUGUGCUUAGGAAAAAAAACAGUCAAAUUAGCUUUCUUCAUGUUUACCAUCAUUCUAUUAUGCCGUAUACAUGGUGGUUUGGAGUCAGAUUUGCUCCAGGUGGUUUAGGAACAUUCCAUGCUCUUGUUAAUUGUGUGGUACACGUUAUUAUGUAUACAUACUAUGGAGUGUCUGCUAUGGGACCCACUUACCAGAAGUACCUGUGGUGGAAGAAAUAUUUAACUACCAUUCAACUUGUCCAAUUUGUUACAGUCACAAUUCACAUUGGCCAGUUUUUCUUCAUGAAAGAUUGUCCGUAUCAGUAUCCAGUGUUUUUGUACAUUAUUUGCUUAUAUGGAUGCAGCUUUUUAGUACUCUUCCUCAACUUCUGGUAUCAUGCUUAUACCAAAGGUAACAGGCUGCCAAAAACACUUAAAAAUGGAGUAAAUGCAAGAAAAGAACAGUAACAGUUCUGAACAGAAGUAGCCUAUCUCUGUGCAAGUGACAAUCUCAAGCAUGAUUUAAUGAUGUGGAGAAAGCAUAUAUUGUUUUAAAUUUAUACAUUUCUCCUGAAGUAUUUACUAGAUGCAUUCAUACACAAUAUCCAUGUGUAUUCAUUUUACUGUACUUUUUUACUGUGUACUAUUAAGUUUCAACAUUUGGAACCAUCUAAAACCAUUUUUGAAAUAUCUUCUCCAUUCUCUUCAGUAAGGUUGUGUAGUAUUGUUUGAAAUUAUUUAUUUAGUGAAAUGUGAAUUAGGUUUAUUUCAUGACAUAGUAAGGUGUAUUCUCAGUUCACAUUUUUCUAGAUUUAGUUAUUUUGUUUGCAUAGAUCAUGUUCCCUUUAUAAAAGAAUUACAGCAUGCAUGUUACUCUCUGAAUAUGCAAUUUAAUUUUUGAAAGAGUUGAAUUUAUUUAUUUGCCAUGUGUUGAAUGUUUCUGCUUUAAUGACACUUUCUUUGCAACAAGCAUGCACUUCACCUUUAUAGUGGUAUAAUCCUUCCACAUUCGUGAGGUGUAUCUAUGCCAUAUAUAAAAUACAAUGUGUGUAUGUAUGUAUGUGCGUGUGUUUGUCUAUAUGUAUGUGUGUGCGUGUGUGUAUAUGUAUGUAUGUAUAUAUGUUUUAUAAAACAGAUGCACAUACUGUAUGUACACAUGUUAUUUUAAAUUUUAAUAUCAACUGAUGUAGGCAGUAUAAUGUGGUCUUUACCAUUGUAGAUAUGAUAUACUACCUAAAAUUAUUUUGAAUUUGUUCUUUUAAUUCAAACUUUCAACAUGAUUUUCUAACAAUUGUUAUGACUUUCAGAAACAGAAAAAGCAAAUGGUUUAACAUUUACAUAAAUCUGCUUUCUGGAAAGAACUAAUUUGUGCAUUUUGGAGGUCAAUAAUUAGGGACUUUUAUAAUACAAAUUAUUCUGUAUAGCUACCAUACUUGCUUAUUUGAAUAGCCUGCAUUGUAUUUUCUGUUUUUUUUUUAUUUUUUAUUCUUGUUUAAGUUACUGUACUUAACACUGCAGUAUAACAAUUUUGUACACUGAUAUCAAUCAAUUCUGUUAACUCUGUUAUCAACUAAGUAUUUUUAUGUAGUAAUGAAUGUCUCUUCCGUAGACAUGAUGCUACAUUUCAAUUACAAACUCUUGAAUUUGAA